CGGUUCAGAUCGGAGCGUCCCUGUUCGCCAGUAACAUCGGCAGCGGGCAUUUUGUGGGCCUGGCUGGAACCGGCGCUGCAGCAGGAAUCGCCAUCGGAGGGUUUGAAUGGAACGCUCUUUUUGUUGUGCUCCUUCUAGGAUGGCUCUUUGUUCCUAUCUACAUCAAGGCUGGGGUGGUCACCAUGCCAGAGUAUCUUAAGAAGCGUUUCGGAGGUCACCGCAUCCGGAUCUACCUCUCCGUGCUCUCUCUCUUCCUCUAUAUCUUCACCAAGAUCUCCGCUGACAUGUUCUCUGGAGCCAUCUUCAUUAACCAGGCCAUGAAAAUGAACAUCUAUUUGGCUGUUGUUAUGCUGCUGGCGAUCACAGCUCUGUACACAGUGACAGGGGGCCUCGCUGCAGUUAUCUACACAGACACGCUACAGACCAUUAUCAUGGUGGUGGGAUCCUUCAUUCUUAUGGGUUUUGCUUUCAAUGAGGUAGGAGGUUAUGAGAACUUCCAGGAGCUCUAUAUGAACGCCAUACCAUCGCGGGUGGGCAUGAACAUCAGUGCAGAGUGCUACACGCCCCGGCCAGACUCAUUCCACAUCUUCAGGGACCCAAUAACCGGCGACAUGCCGUGGCCCGGCCUCAUCUUCGGACUCACCAUCCAGGCGGCCUGGUACUGGUGCACAGACCAGGUGAUCGUCCAGCGCUGCUUGUCUGCUAAGAACAUGUCCCACGUGAAGGCUGGUUGCAUCCUGUGUGGCUACCUCAAACUGUUACCCAUGUUCCUUAUGGUGAUGCCUGGCAUGAUUAGCAGGAUUCUUUAUCCAGAUGAGGUGGCAUGUGUGAUCCCGGAGGAAUGUAAGGAGUUCUGUGGAACUGAGGUGGGCUGUACCAACAUCGCCUACCCCAAACUGGUGGUGGACCUGAUGCCCAACGGUCUCAGGGGCCUGAUGCUCUCAGUCAUGCUGGCCUCCCUGAUGAGUUCCCUAACGUCCAUCUUUAACAGCUCCAGCACCCUCUUCACCAUGGACAUUUACGCCAAGUUCCGACGCAGAGCCUCCGAGAAGGAGCUCAUGAUUGCUGGAAGGCUGUUUAUCUUGGUUCUGAUCGGCAUCAGCAUAGCCUGGAUCCCCAUUAUCCAGACAGCCCAGAGCGGUCAGCUCUUUGACUACAUUCAGUCGAUCACCAGCUACUUGGCUCCGCCUAUCGCUGCUGUCUUCACACUCGGAAUCUUCUGUAAGAGAGUCAAUGAGCCGGGGGCAUUCUACGGCAUGGUGAUUGGGCUGCUUAUCGGCUUGUCCCGCAUGAUAGCUGAGUUUGCGUAUGGUACAGGAAGCUGUGCGAAUCCUAGUGACUGUCCCACCAUCAUUUGCGGGGUGCACUACCUUUAUUUCGGCCUCAUCCUGUUUGCCAUCUCCUGUCUGCUGGUGUUGGGGAUCUCCCUAAUGACCAAACCCAUUGAUGACAAGCAUCUUCACAGGCUGUGCUGGAGUUUGAGGAAUAGUAAGGAGGAGCGAAUCGAUAUAGAGGCAGAUGACUGGAUUGAGGAAGAGAAAUCUAGUUCUAUGAAUGUGGACGAGCCUGAGUUAGAGCCCAGCUGCUGGAAGAACGCCUAUAACUGGUUCUGUGGAUUUGAGCAGAAGAAAGCUCCGCAGCUCUCCGCAGAGGAGGAGGCCGAGCUGAAGAGGAAGCUGACGGACACAUGGGAGAAGCCCCUGUGGAGGAAUGUGGUGAAUGCCAACGCUAUCAUCCUUCUCACUGUUUGUGUCUUCUUCCACGGCUUCUUUGGCUAACCAGCUGCCAUUGAUCCACUGAUCUUUAGAUGAAUGUAGGAAUAUAUUUUAAGUUAAUAUUAUUCAUUGGCCCAUAUGAAGGAGGACUGCAUGCCAGGCGUACAGUGCAGAGAGGGUAACUAAGGGCUGUGUGUGUAGUAUUUUAAAUUGGCAUGUUUACACAGAGUCAGAUCAGGGUUUGUCAUCAUCUUCUAACAUCUGUUGUUCACUUCCAGUAGUUUUUCCCAUUAAGCAUACUUUGAUUUUCAUUUACUUGAACCAGUUAUUAAUCUGAAAGUAUUUUAUUCAGCUUUUGCUGUUUUAUUUUUUUUUCUUUUUACCGUUAUUAUUUUAAUCAUAAAUGUUUUAAAAAAAAACACAAGCGAAACUGUUUGCUUCAUCUGUAUCCUUGUAACAUUAAAAAAAAGGUGUUUGGGUAAUUCUGGCCAUGGUGCAUAGCCACGGUGCUAAUCUCGCCUUCCUCCCGUUCCCUGUGCGAUUGCUGACUGACCUCAUCCGAGAUCCUACCAAAGUAUUGUGUUUGAACACUUCACUUCUGUCAUCUACCAAGUCCUGAACAGCAGUGGUUUCUUUUUUAGACCUUGAUAAAAUCAGCAAUCCUUAUACUUUUCUUUUGAACUUAAAAAUAAUUAAUACUUCCAUCAGAGUCUAUAUCAUAUGAGUAAAGGUUGUAUUUAUGAAUUACAACCUCUUUUUGAUUAUAUACAUUUUACACUCAUUUGUGAAUGAGUAUAAUAUAUA